AUGUCUUCCGGACCGAUAUUUCUAUCAGUCGCUUCUUGCGAUGCCGAUAAUUCCCCCUCCCCUCUCCCCCGCCAACCCGGACCGAUUUCCUGUUGCACUCCUUUGCCUGCCGGAGUGUCACACGCAAUUGGUGCCGUGCGAAACGGAUGGAAGCGCCGCAUGGUUCCCCCCUCCCCCCACCCCCCACCAGGGUUUUCCAAAGUUGAGGAAGUCGCCCGGAGGCAAAUACAUGCUGCCUUGGGUUUUUAUUUUAAAGAGGCUGUUGAAGGUUUGCGGAAUGUGGUGACCAGUCUGGCGGAAUCCACACAGACCGACGGGGCCAUGUUCGUCCCCCGGUCGCUGAAGGUGAAAAGGGCCGAAGAAAGCGAGGGCCAAGCUGCCAAGAGGAGUAAAGGUGACCCUGGGGCCGGGGGAGGUCCGGAGGCCGCGGACGGUCCGGAGGAGGAGGAGCCGGUGAGGCAGCUGAGCAAAGGGCAGCGUUGGCCGGAGCCGGGAGAACCGACCUGCUCGGUGUGUGGCCGGUACGGGGAGUAUAUCUGCGACCAGACCGACACCGACGUCUGCAGCCUGGAGUGCAAAGCCCAGCACCUGCGGCUGCUGGAGGCCCAGGCCCAGGCCCCCGGGGCCGCGGACACUCCGCCGCCAGUGGAGCCCCUUGCCCAGGCCGGCCACUAUCUGCAGCACCCGUUUGUUUCCAGCCUGAGCGCCCAGCAGGUGGAGGCCCUGCAGCAGCAGCUGGGCAUCGCCGUGCGGGGCCCCGCCCUCAGGCCCAUCGUGGAGUUCCAGCACUGCGGCUUCCCCGACACCUUGAACACGAACUUGGCGAGGCUGGGCUACCUCAGCCCCACCCCGGUACAGAUGCAGAUGCUGCCGCAGGGCCUGGCGGGGAAGGACAUCCUGGCGGCAGCCGACACCGGCUCGGGGAAAACCGCUGCCUUCCUACUGCCGGUCACCAUGGCAGCGCUGCGGGAGGCUUCACCACAGCAGCCUAUUGGGUUGGUACUGACUCCAACACGUGAACUUGCCAUUCAGAUCGAAGGGCAGGCCAAGGAGCUGAUGAUGGGUCUGCCCAACAUGAGAACUGCGCUGCUGGUCGGGGGAAUGCCUUUACCCCCGCAGCUCCACCGCCUCAAACAAAGCAUUAAGGUUAUUAUAGCAACCCCAGGGCGGCUGCUGGAAAUUCUGAAGCAAGAAGCCGUCAGCCUGUGCAGAGUGCGGACUGUGGUGGUGGAUGAGGUUGACACCAUGUUGAAGAUGGGAUUCCAGCAGCAGGUGUUGGAUAUUCUAGAGAAAAUGCCUGAGGAACAUCAAACGAUUCUGGUCUCUGCCACCAUCCCAGCAGGUAUUGAGCAGCUGGCCACCCAGUUCCUACAGGACCCAGUCAGGAUCACAGUCGGAGAGAUGAACCAGCCUUGUUCCAAUGUCCGUCAGAUUAUCCUGUGGGUGGAGGAACCAUCCAAGAAGAAGAAACUGUUUGAGAUUCUGAAUGACAGCAAGCUCUUCCACCCGCCUGUGCUGGUGUUUGUGGAUUGCAGACUGGGAGCUGAUCUACUGUCGAAUGCCGUGCAGACGAUCACAGGCCUGAAAACAGUGGCCAUUCACUCGGACAAGGCGCAGUGUGAACGGAAUCAGAUUCUGCAGGGUCUGCUUCAAGGUGACUAUGAGGUUGUAGUCAGCACAGGAGUCCUCGGCAGAGGGCUGGACCUUGUCAACGUCAAACUGGUUGUGAACUUUGACAUGCCUUCUACCAUGGACGAAUAUGUGCAUCAGGUGGGGAGAGCAGGGCGGUUGGGCCACCGAGGAACAGCCAUCACCUUUGUGAAUAAUAACAGCAGCAGGCAUUUCCUGGAAUUGGUGAAGCGGGUGAAGCCAACGGGUACACUGCUGCCACCCCAGCUCCUCAACUCGCCGUACUUGAAUGAGCAGCAACGCAGAGAGCAGCUGAGGAACAAGCAGCGAGCUCAGCAAGACAUGGUGACUGGGAAGAGUCUGAUGGAUAUCAUCAGGAAGCACGACCGCAGUGUGCUGCAGAAACGAUAAGUUGUGACCUGUGGUGAGAGGACAGGCUGGGCUCCUGGCUAACAGCAGCCUGUCUGCUGGCUUUUGUUUUCCACUGCCUCCUCCAAUGUUACUUUUGCCUGAGUAUAGACCAUAAGAGUGAGGCAUGGGGGUCAUGCAUAUCUCAUUGCAAGAAGCUGGUUAGAGGGCUUUGAAUUUAAAAGAUGAAGCUUUUCAAGUAUUCUGUAUGAAGUGUGUAAACCUGUCUAUUUCUGUAAAUAUAUUUUUGAUCAUUUGUAAA